AUGGGAGAUAUUGUUGUGUCAAAGACAAAGGAAGGAGGAGGAUCUUCUAAAAUAAGUUGUCCUGUCCUUACGGAAACAAACUAUGCGGUGUGGACGAUAAGGAUCAGAUUAGUGUUGAAGAUAAACAAAGUAUGGGAUCUGGUGGAGAAUGAAAUAGAUGAUAGUGAAGAGAAUGACCUAUCCACAGCCCUAAUAUUUCAGGCACUACCUGAGAUGCUUUUAUUCCAAUUAGGUAACUUGAAGACUGCAAAGAAAGUUUGGGAUGCGAUCAAAGAACGGUACUUAGGAGCUGAUCUAGUUCGAGAAGCAAGAUUGCAAACACUAGCAUCUGAUCUCGAAAGACUGAAGAUGAAAGACAAAGACACCAUUGAUGAUAUUGCUAGGAAACUGACCGAACUGUCAUCAAAAGCAACCACUUUAGGAUAA